AUGGAAUUAUUGAAGAGCUUAUACAGCCACGCACUAUUAGCACAGCUUAGAUACCAGUCGGCCGUCAUUUUGGCAGAGAAGGUCGAAUGUAAAUUCCCCCUGUGCAACGAUGAAAAAGGCAAUGAAAGAGUCCAGUGUUGGAACUGCGGUAAAGAGUACGUUACCUUCGCUGUUCUUCAGCGACAUUUAACAUACGAAUGUGGAAGAUAUCCGACAUUUUCUUGCCCAUUUUGCCGAAAGAUGUUCAAAAGAAGAGACAGUAUGAAAAGGCAUGUACUGUUGCUACACAAGCAACUUAAAUGGAGCGCAGCAAAACCAUUUUCGACAUGUCCAAACUGCGGCCGGACGUACAAAAGUAAAUCGGCGUUUAGUCGCCACAUUAACCAUGUAUGCGGAAAAUCUGAGAGCCAUGCAUGCCCAGUUUGCUCCAGGACUUACAAGCGCAAAGACAUCAUGAGGACUCACGUAAAGGAAGUGCAUCCAGAUUACUAUGCUCAACAAAAGAGUAUGCUAAUUGAACAAAAACAUAUUUACGCAUGCAAUAACUGCGGCAAAAGAUACAAAUAUAAAAGAAACUUGAAUGCACACCAGCGUCAUGAGUGCGGAAAGGAACCUCAACUGUUCUGCUAUGUAGAUGGUUGCAACUACGUGGCUAAAUUGAAGGCACAUUUGAAAAGUCAUAUCAGGGCUAGGCAUAAGCUCUUUGUUAACUUUUAUGGUGAAUCUAAACCAGUGCCUGCAAAGUACAAGUGCGACCGAUGUGGAAAGUGUUAUCAACACCAAGCUUCUCUCUGGAACCAUAGGCGGUACACCUGCGGGCAUCAGGUACCUCAUUUCUAUUGCCCUCAGUGUGUCUUUACUACCAAGUAUGCCCAUAUCAUCCAACAACACGUGAUGGCCAAACAUAAACAGAGAUUAUCAAGAAAUGAGGCAUUGAAGUUGCAACGAACAACGAAGGAAGAAUCAUAUGUAUAUAAUGCUCAGCAAGAAAGAAAGUUUGGGGAUAUCGCAAACAUGGCGAAAAGAAGCUUACCGAUCUUCUGGACUGGCUCAUUUGCUUCAAACUCCGCAUCGAUCUCAUCCUUGAGAAAAUCGUUAGCUGGUUCUGUAGAACCAUCUGCUUCGUCUACAUCGGGAGCUGGAUUGUCCAGAUUUACGAUAGUGUACUCCUGGGAAAAAGACGUCAAUCAGAUUGGGUUUUCACUUCAGAAGCAAAGGAACUAG